GCGGAGCUUCCCUGGCGGGAGCAUCCAGCGCUCAGCUCCCGCCGGGCUGGGGCGGCGGCGGGAGGCGGGGAAGGGGCCGAGGCGUGCGGGGCGCUCUCGCCGCGGUGCGGCCGCUCCCGGGGGCGGGCGGGAGGUCGGCCGUGCCCGGCCGGGGCGCUGGGAGCCGGCUGCGCGGCGGUCAAAGGUUCCCAGCAGGAGGUUGGACACUAGAGGGCGAUCCCCGGCCCUGCUGCGGGCUGUAUAUAUACGGCGCGCAGCACCGCGGCAGCCCACUAGCAACAGGGCAGGCAGCGAGCGGAGCGGGGCUGGGCCGGGGGACGGGCUCCGGGAGCACCGAGCCGCGCCGUGCCGCGCCGCGCCGCGAGAUUGCUCUGGAGUCGCCGCCGCUGCCGCCGUCGUCCCGUUCGAAACCUGGAUUGCAGGAGCCCUUCACCAUGCCCGGCAGACUGUAGUUGCUUCAUGGAGCAAGCCAAUUUCUACGAGGUCGAUUCCCGGCCCCCGAUGAGCAGCGGCCAGCACCACCAGCUCCAGACUCCCCUGCCCGGCAGCACCUACAGCUACAGAGAGGCUCCCUCGGCGGCGGCACCUGCUGCGGGCGGCGCGGAGCUCGGCGACAUCUGCGAGAACGAGAACUCCAUCGACAUCAGCGCCUACAUCGACCCCGCCGCCUUCAACGACGAGUUUCUGGCCGACCUAUUCCAGCACAGCAAGCAGCAGGAGAAAGCCAAGGCCAUCCUGGCCGGGGAUUUCGACUUCCACACCAUGCAUGGGGCCGGCGCCGCCGCCUCGGCGCCGGGGCACCAGCCGCAGCACCACCAGCAGCCGCUGUUCGGCUGCGUGCCCGGCUACAUGGACGGCAAGCUCGACCCCCUCUACGAGCGCAUCGCCGCGCCGGGCUUGCGGCCGCUGGUGAUCAAGCAGGAGCCCCGCGAGGAGGAGGAGGUGAAGUCGGCGGCCCUGUCGGCCCUCUAUCCCCAUCACGCCCCGCAGCAGCACCCGUCCCACCUCCAGUACCAGAUCGCCCACUGCGCCCAGACCACCAUGCACCUCCAGCCCGGGCAGCCCACGCCGCCCCCCACGCCCGUGCCCAGCCCGCACCACCCGCACCACCCGCACCCUCCCGGCGGCCUGUCCGCCGCGGGCACCCUCAAGAUGAUGCCCUCGGACCACCGGAGCAAAUCGAAAAAGACAGUGGACAAGAACAGUAACGAGUACCGGGUGCGCCGGGAGCGCAACAACAUCGCGGUGCGCAAGAGCCGGGACAAGGCCAAGCAGCGCAACGUGGAGACGCAGCAGAAGGUGCUGGAGCUCACCACCGACAACGAGCGGCUGCGCAAGCGGGUGGAGCAGCUCACCCGGGAGCUGGAGACUCUGCGGGGCAUCUUCAGGCAGCUGCCGGAGAGCUCGCUGGUGAAGGCCAUGGGCAGCUGCGCCUAGCGCCGCGCCGGGCCGGCCGGGCUGCCCUGCCCGCGCACAGAUACUCUAUGCACCGGCGUGCGGCAAGCGCCGUGUGCCGGCGGCAGGGGAACGGGGGGUUGUUUUGGUUUUGUUUUGUUCGUUUCGUUUGUUUUUUAUCAAUUCACGACCUAUACAAGAAGCCAGGCAGCUCUAGUAUUAAAAGGUUUGUGCCUUAGAGAUGACACACGAGUAAGCUGAAAACGUGGUAGGUUUUCUAAGGAGAAAGGCAAGGGGAAGGAAGAAUUAAAGACCACGUGUCUACACAGGGUAAAUAACAGUAAUAAUAAUAAUAAUAACAACAACAACAAAAACAGUAAUAAAGCACACAUAGCAACCCAGAUGUGCCUUAAAAGCUGGCUGCAGGAGCUCUGGGGCUUACUAUGCCCUCCAGCCUUGCAGGGUGCGAGGAGAAGGAAUGAGGGACGUGCGGGCUGGAGGGCUGCGGUGGCUGCGGUGUCCUGCCGGAGCCCUUCCAGCCGGCCUGCAGUGCAGCAGGCAGGAGCAGCUUUGGGGAAGUCAGCGAUGAGAAGAGGAUUUGCGGCUGAGAGAUGUGCAGCACUGGACGCCCGUUAGGAGCACUGAGGUGUGGGGCAGCCACCGGACUGCUGCCAGGACUGUCGCAGCCUGGCCGGGCUGCCUCUGCCAGCCCUGUCCCCUGCCUUGGCUGGAGGUGACAAGGGGCCAGAAGCGCUGCAGGACCGACGGACAGCCUGGGACUGAUGGAGCAACAGCUUGCAGGAGUACGGUGAGCUCUCUCCGUCGAAAGCAAGAGCAGCAGUGUCUUGUACUGUAUGUCACGACGUGGCGAAGCACAAAUGAAUAAAUACCUAUUGAUGCGGGUAUUUACUAUGAACUUUCAGUGUAUUUUGCUUUAUUCCAGGACAUUUUGCUCUUCUCCAAGUCUCUGUCCACCCAAACUGUGCCUCGUGUAAUGUGAAAGCCGUUCCAUGUACACUAGCUAUACUUUAUUGCCUUACUUAGAUCUUUGCCAUCACACAACUUUCUUAUCUGGUGACAGAGACUAUGCCCUUGUGCUGCAACGUUAUUUUAUUAUUUGUGUGGAUGGGUGAGAGUGAGUGUAUGUUGCCUUCUUCACAUUGUCCUGUACUGGUUGCUGCCUCCCGACCCCAAGGCAGGAGUGCCUGGAAUGGGGCAUGGGUUGUGGGGCUGCACGAUGCCUGCGGUGGGGCAAGGAGGCUUGUUCCUGGUGCUGUUGCACCUUUGGACUCUGGAGCUUCUCCCAGAGUGAGAGAAAAAUAAACAAACAAACAGGCCCCCUGGGCAUUCUGGUAGCCAUGCAGAACAUUUCUUCCUUGUGUUGUAGCUGCAUAACAAUUUGUGAAACUGAAGUAAGUCUUGACAAGAGAGGAGAACAAGGUGGAUGGAGCUGUUUGAAGGCAUGACAGUGAGAGCACAGUGCUGGCAGCGUGUGUAUGUGUGUGCAGCGUGUGUAUGGUAUGUAUACGUGUAUGUAUAUGCACACACAUUGGUGGGUUGUUUUUUUUUUAAUUUGGGGGGGAGGGAACUGCAUAUAAAAUUUUGUCAGAAGUCCUGGUUACCUUCAUAAAUAAACAGCAUAUAUUCUA